AUGCGAUUAAAUUAUAUCAGGUAUUUAUUCAGUUAUGUAAAUUGUCGUUUACGUUCAAGAAAAUGCAAAUUUCUCUGUAUCAUUAUGCUUAUUAUAUCUUGUCUGUCAGCUAUUUGGUUAUUGAUUACAUUAUACAUGCAAGAGGAUUUACUUCAUUAUCCACCAAAUAUUAAUUUGUAUCAAAUUUAUGAAAAAGAAAAAUUACAGAUUCAUUCAAGUUUACCACCCUUAUGGAAAAUCAUUUUUCCUCUAUCUUCUAAUUAUACAGAACAAUGUCUUAUUAAACAUUAUAAGUGCAAUGGUAAUAAUAACGAUAGCAAUAAUAAUUCCUCAUUAUUUCAGUCGUCAAAAUGUCAAGCUAUUGAUAUUCUCUUAAUUAUUCGAUCACAUGUAAAUAAUUUCAAUCAACGAGAUGCUAUUCGUAAAACAUGGGGAAAUCAAGAAUGUUAUAAGAAUUUUGGUGUAUCUAUUCGUAUUCUAUUUAUUUUAGGCAAACAAGACGAUAAUAAUGAUAAUAUAUUAAAUUAUUCUAUACCAAAUGAAAGUACUCAUUAUGAUAAUAGUAUGAGUAACAUUGGGAUAUUACAAAAGCUAUACUAUGAGCAUAUAAUUCAUCAUGAUAUUAUACAAUUUGACUUUAUUGAUAAUGGUUCUAAUUUAUUGAAUAAAUGGAUUGGUAGUAUUGAUUUUAUUGUAAAAUAUUGUAUGAUUACUGAAAAAUCUUUUACCUUAUUUCUAGAUGAUAAUUCUUUUUUACAUCCAAUAAAUUUAAUACAAUUAUUACGUCGUAUUACACUUACUCAGUAUAGAAUUUAUGCAUCUGGUCAUGUAGAACGUAUCUCUUAUCCAGUACGUAUUCCGUUCUUGUCUAAAUAUAUAUCAUCAUCAAAUUAUCCAUUCAAUAUAUAUCCACCAUAUAUAAAUAGUGGAACAAUUAUAUUAAGUAUGCCUGUUGUUCAAUUAUUACGUGUUGGAUUUAACCAUGUUACAAAUAUGCCAUAUGAUGAUAUCCUAUUGGGAAUUAUACUAUUAAAAUUUGGUAUUAGUCCUAUUCAUUUAAAAAAUAUUUAUACAGAACAUAGUUUAGAUAAACAAACACUUAAACAAUUACAAUUUAUCAGUAUUCAUGGUUACAAUGAUCCUUCAAUGAUUCAUUCGUUAUGGUCAACUUUAAAUAUGAAUUACGCUUGUAAAAUAAAUAAAUAA